AUGGAUGAAUACAAACUUCUAAUGGAGGAUAAGAAGAGGCUCACCCGAGAAAACAAUGAGCUUCAUCAAAUGAUGAUUAAAAGAGAGGAUACUUUCAAACAACAAUCACUUCAAUAUGUUGAUCAAAUACGGUUGCUUUCUCAACAAAAUCAAUCUUUAUUAUAUACAAAUCAACAAUUAGAAUUAAGAAAUCAGGAGAUGGAACAUUCUGUUGAGGAGGUAAAAGAGAGACUUGAAAAUUAUAUGUCAAAAACAAAUGUUUGGUUCUCCCAUUCAGGAACAUCAAACAAGGAAACCGACUCUGCCUAUCGAAGAGAAAGGAUUGAAUCUUCUUUUUCCGAAUACCUUAAACAAUUGGAAAUCCAACCUUUUCAAUCCAGUCUUAAAACUCAAAUGUUGGAUGUAAUGAAAAUGACAGAAAUACAAAAUGAUCAAUUAAGAAAUGAAAACGAAACACUGAAAAAAACUGUAUCCCAUUUAAAAGAAUCCAAAAUAGAUGUUUUAACACAAGAAAAUGACAGACUUUUAAGAGAAAUAGACAGAUUAACAAAAUUAGUUAACGAAAGAGGAGGUAAAACCGUUGAUGUAAUCAAAUCUGAAAGGGAAUAUUCUAAUAGUGUUAAUACAAUACAAAACCUUACAGAACAAAUCGAAUUUUUACAGCAACAAUUAGAUACCGCUCGUGAUAUUUCUGCAGAGCAUGAGAGAUUUGAACAAUUACAAAAGGAAAACAAGGAUAUGAAACAACAAUUAACUAUUAUUACCAAAGAAAGGAAUGAAUUGAUGCGCGACUUGGGUGAAACUAAGAGAUCAUUUAUUGAUCUCAACAAACAUAACCGCCAACAUGAAGAAAUAGUUCAAUCCCUUAAGGAUAAACUUAAUCAAUCUCAACAGAUUUUAUAUCAAAAAGAAGGAGAUGUUUCCAAAUUAACAACUUUAUCCAAACAUUUAAGUUCAAGAAUAGAAGUUUUACAACAAGAAAUUGAAAAGUUGAAUAAUAGAAGUCAUGAAAAAUUGGUAAAUGAACAAGAGUUCAAAGUGAAGAUUUCAAAUCUUGAAAAAACAAUACUUGACCAAGAUAAUCAUUUAAACAAUCUAAGAAAUAUUAUUAAGGAGAUUGACUCUAACAAGGAUGCUAUGAGUACAGAAUUAGACGAAAAAGAUGAAAGGCUUUCCUUUUUGGAAAAAAAGAAUUCAGAGCUGGGCAAGGAACUUUUGGAAAUCAAAACUAAAUCGAAUCAAAUCGAACUUGGAAUUCAACAACAAUUACAGCAACUAAAAGAAAAGGACCGAUUACUUACCAAUCAAAAGGAGCAACUGGAAAUAAUACAAAAAGAGUACACAAAACUCAAGAACGACUUUGAAUUCAAAUCGAAGGAAAUUGAGCAUGCAGGAGAAGAUUUAAAGCAAAUAACUGGAGAAAAUCAAUUUUUACAUACACAACUAAACAAAACUGUGGAAGAAAUGGACAAGAUGAAACAAAAACUCGAGGAAAAGUUUUCUGUUUGUAUUGAUAUGGAGCACAGAUUAAAAAUUAAGGAUAGAGAGUUUGAAGACAUAAUGUUCAAUUACAAAUCUCUGAAUAGGGAUCACCUCGCAUUGAAAGACAAAUUUGAAGAGCUAAGUAGAGAAUUAGGAGAUUCAAGAACAAGGUUAGAACUUAAAACAAAUGAGCUGGCACACCUUUCAUCAAGAGCCAAAAACUUAGAUGACGAAAAUCAGCACCUCAUAAUGAAACUGAAAUCAUCCCAACAACAAAUUGACCAAUUAUCAGACCAACUUCACUCAAAAUCCAUUGCUCUUGUUGAAUUUGAUAAGGAGAAGGAGAAGAUGUUGAAAAACCUUUCCACUGCACAACAUGUAGUUAUUGAUUUACAAGAUAUGAAUUCCAACAUGAGAAGGCAAACAGGAAUACUCCAAGCAGAAAAUGAACAUUUAAAACUUCAACUAAAUGAUACUCUUUCAAAGAAUAAUCAACUUUCAAAAUCUCUAACAAUGGAACAACAAAAGAGAAGCCCUGACUUAGAGAAGAAAAUAUUUGAUAUGGAACAAGAAUUCAAACAAAUGAGAAGGAAGAUAGAGGAGAAAGAACAACAACUGUUAACAGAAAGUGAAACCCAAACAAGACUGAGACAAAGAGAAAAAAAUUUGAAACAUGAAAUACAGAGACUUCAGGUAUUACUUCAACAAAUGGAUAUGGACAGAGAAAGGAUUCAAGAUGAGUUAAACACGUUCUACAGAGGUACAAAAUAAAUCUGAUAUUCUUUU